UUGGUCGCGUGCCGCUGCGAGUAGCCGAGAUGCUUCGCGCUCUCAACUUUUAAACUUCGAACAUUUUUAAAUGAAGAAAAACGAACAUUUUUAAAUUAAGAAAAAAUGAGUAGUAAAAACUUUUUAGAGUUAAAAAAUAUGUAAUUGUGUGCCAGCAUGGUGGAUGUCAGUGAGUGUGAUGGUGUCAAUGGGAGGAACCACUUUGUAUUUCUAGUUUUUGUGCAUCUGUUGCUAAUUGGACUGAAUGGAACUAAUGCUCAAAAUCGAGCACCGCGAAUCAAGGAGCACCCAUCGAACACGGUGUCAGGGAGGAGUGAACCUGCGACCCUCAGAUGCGUAGUCGAGGGUCGACCCAAGCCUAUAGUUCAGUGGUUCAAGGACGGCUCACCCUUGCCCCCGGCUGAAGAUGGCCAUAGAGUCCUGUUGGAAGACGGACUUCUCUUCCUAAGGGUAAAUCGAGGCAAAAAAGAAAGUGACGAAGGAGUAUAUUGGUGUGUUGCAAAAAAUAUAGCCGGGGAGGCAGCUAGUCAUAAUGCAUCGUUGAAUGUUGCGGUAUUGCGAGACGAGUUCAGAUUAGAACCUAGAGAUGUACAAGUAGCGGCAGGUGAGCCUGCGCUCCUAGAAUGUAUGCCACCGCGAGGUGUGCCAGAGCCUUCGGUGCACUGGCUCAAAGAUGGACAGAUUUUCGAUAUAGAAAUGAAUGGACGGGUGACAGUAACAGAUACGGGUAGUUUGAAAAUUUUAGAAACGCUUCCGAAUGACAGUGGACUGUUCAGAUGUGUGGCGUCGAAUAUAGCCGGGGAGAGGCAGUCGCGAGCCGCCGCGUUAAUUGUUAUCAGGCGGCCGCAUUUCGUCGUCAAGCCUAGCAAUUUGACAGCUCUGGUUGGCCAAAAUGUGGAAUUUAACUGCCAGAGCUAUGAUUCGAACGUAAAAAUAACUUGGGUGAAAGAAGAUGGCGUGCUCCCACUACACGCAACGAUAAUCCGAGGAUUGCUGCGUUUGGAACAGGUGUCCGCAUCUGAUGCAGGCAUCUAUUCCUGCCGCGCUGAUAGCCAUGCCGGCACCAGUAUAGCCAGUGCCACGUUAACUGUGUAUUCGUUACCACACUUUACACAAAUACCGUCCAACUUGACCGCAUGGGAAGGUGAUGUUGUGUCCAUCCCUUGUGAAGCUAAGGGCUUGCCCACUCCAACGACAUUUUGGAUACUCGAGGGGUCAGAAGAUUCAUUAUUGUUUCCCGAGUGCACCAAAAGUAAUUCAAGCCUACUAUACUUAGAUAGCGUGAGGUUAGAACACAGUGGACGAGUUAUUUGUGUGGCAGUUAAUGCAGCUGGAAGCAUGAUGCAAGAUGCACAUCUAAAUGUCUUGAUGAAAACGAAUAACGCACUACCUAGACAUCUGCUACAUGAAGAUUUUGAUGAUGAUCAACAAGAUGCUCGUAUGACAGAAUACGAAUUUGUUCAAGCGAGAAAGUAUUUACAGCAAAAUGUUUUGGUCCUUAAAAGGGUGGAAACUUUAUCGUCGACUUCUUUGAAAGUUGUAUGGGAUGUAUUGACUGAUUACAAUGAAUAUCUGGAGGGUGUAAAAAUUUGGUACAAUGGAACUACGAUAAAUUGGCGUAAUGCAAGUGAAGAAGUUAUUCCAAUAAACCCAUCUCAAGUGGAGGUCUGUCCCAAUGGGUCAUUAAUCAACGUGGAUAACAGUGGAUCAUCCAGCUACAUCCUUUCCGGGCUGUCUGCUUACAUGCAAUAUGAGAUCUUUUUGAUGCCGUUCUACAAAAUGUUACUUGGGAAACCUUCUAAUUCAAUGAGCGGGUUCACUGACGAAGACGUUCCAUCUGCUCCGCCCCAGAGCGUGACUGCGGGCGUCAUAAACGCAACAUCGGCCUGGAUACGGUGGGAACCACCACCUGCUACCACUUGGAACGGUGAACUGACUGGUUAUUUGAUUGAAAUCCGCGUCGGAAGUGGAACCAAUGGUCGUGUAGUGGGUCAGAUGUCUCUGGGUGCGCGCACGCGGGCGGCGGCGGCGAGCUCGCUCCGCGCGGGCGGCCGCUACAGCGCCCGCGCCGCUGCCGUCACACGCCGCGGACACGGGCCCUUCAGUGCGCCGGCGCAGAUACAUGUGCUGCCCACACAUACACAGAGACACUAUGUGCAGACGGAACCUCCAAACGACACAGCGAUCCCACAUCUGUUGAACGAGACAUGGUUAUUAGCGCUAGCCCUGACUUUGUUCUCUAUUAUUGUAAUCGGAGCCGUCAGUAUAUAUUACAUCAAACGACGGAACAGCAUUCAAAGGAAAAAAUCGAAUGAUCGCAUUUUAGGGCAAUCAAUUGUGACGGCUCAGCAGUGUCUAUUGAAUAAGGACACGAUUUGGCUGCGAGAUCGACCGGUAUUCGCCCCCGAUGGGACUUUAGACGUGAGCAGCUGUCAUCAGAGUCUAUUACAAGGCCAAUCUCCCAAUAUUUUGAGUAUCGAACCCGAAUAUUGCCUUCCUCAAAACUCUAUACAAGGUUUAGAUACGUCGAGCGUAGACAGACUGAAGAGGGGUCCGCCUGAGCCCUACGCCUCGAGCGCUAUUUACACCGAACUCAAUUUCAAGGAUAACACCGAUACAGAUACAAGGAGUUGUCCAGAAAGGCAUUCGCACAACAAUAGCAUUGUUAGAUCGUGCAAUGGUAGCAUUCAAUACUCCAAUGGGGAAUGUUCGACUUGCUGCCACAGUACAUCCAGCAGAUCCACAAAGGAUUACAGGGAAUUAAGGCAUGAGAAUAUGCAUGAUGUAAAUAUUGUCGAGGAUGAUUGCGCUUCUUGUCACACGAAUAGAUCCGGAUCGAGGAGUAGACAGGACAAAAGCAAAGUGUGUCCCGCCAGUGAUUUAGAAUAUGACUAUCCACAGUGGCAUUGGCUGGGGAGGGAGAAUAGCUUUAAAAUUCCCGUUCAAACUGGCAGGCAUUCGAAUGUGGCCCGGUCAGAGCAGGGCUGUCAAAUAAAUCUGAAUGAUAUACUGCCCCCGCCGCCCUAUGAGAGUCCAGAAGGUAAAAGUCACAUGAAAUAAUGUACGGCGGUGUUGGAAAUGAAAACGCAAAGCAAUAAUCGAUAUCAACUUAGCGGAAAUUAGAAGCAGUGACUAGUGUAGCCAAUAACGAUAAUUCAGUGUCUAUAAAUUAGUGCGUACUGUUACUAUUAAAAUGGAAGUAGUUAAAUUAGCAGCAUUAAAUAGCUCAUAGUUUAUUACAUUUCACUUUACAAUAAAAUAUAACAAAUUUUGUACUACUUCAUAUAUAUGUGGUUUUAAUACUCAACAUGAAUUGUUUACAUAUUUUUAUGAUUUCGAUUGAUGUACUCAAUAGAACUAAGGUAUAAAUAGAGCUGCAUAAUGAGAAAUGUAAUACAAUUUGUAGAGCUAUAGUUGUACUCACAGUAACAAUAUUAAUCUAAAUUUAGGGAAACUCCAUUGCUUACCUUAGCGCUUUCUGUAGCUAGAUUUGUAUGUAUUGUAAUUUAUUCCUAAUUCUAGUCACGGUAUUAGACUAGCUACACAUUUUGAUAAACCUUUAUGUCGAUGACUUUCUUUUGAGGAGGACGUAAAAGAUUUUAUACCAGUUUUGAGGUCUGAUUUCCAUUUAUUGCUGGGGAUUUCGUAGCAUCCUCCAUUUCACUGCCAUUUACAUUUAGAUUUAGAACUUUAGUUUUAUGAUCUUUGACUGUGAUAUUUAUAUUAAAUUUGUGUAUUAGAAAUUAAUGUAUGAUUAGUGUAACUUCAAGGUUUUCAAAAUUUUAUGCCACUUUUACUAUACCUGUUUGUAAAUCGACCUGUUUUUGCAAUCCAAAUAUUUUCAGAGCCAUUUGCGUUGUAUAAAUCAAAAUAAAGGACAUUUU